AUGAUUGGAGCUGAAGGAGACUAUGGCGACAUCGGUCCGAAAGGAAGCCGAGGUGACCGAGGGUUACCCGGAGCACCUGGUCAUCCUGGUCUACCCGGACUUGAUGGGCUUCCCGGAAUGAAGGGUGAAGAAGGAAUACCUGGAUGUAAUGGCACAGAUGGUAUGCCCGGCUUACCCGGAAUUGCUGGACCACCAGGACCACCCGGACCACCCGGAGCCCCAGGACGACCAGGAUUACGGGGACCUCCUGGAGAGGGAGGUAUAAACUCCAUCGGCCGAAAAGGAGAAAAGGGAGAGACUGGUCGAGCUGGUAUCCCCGGAGCACCUGGUCACGAUGGAAUGCCGGGUCUGAAAGGCGCCAAAGGAGAUUCCGGACCACAUGGCCCACCUGGAUUCCCUGGUCCACCAGGUCCAAAGGGAAGAAUGGGUGUUCGAACGCCUGGUGUGAAAGGAGAAAAAGGUCUACAAGGACCUCCUGGUUUGCCUGGUCCACCAGGAACUUUCCCCGGUGCUUCUGCACCGGAGGAGAUUGAAGGAGAAAAAGGACGUGAUGGUCCGGUUGGACCACCUGGAAUGAUUGGAGUCAGCGGCGCUGAUGGUUACCCGGGACUUAAAGGACAGAAGGGAGAUCCCGGAGACGCUGGAAACAGGGGCAAACGAGGAAAAGACGGAGUCCCAGGAGCAUAUGGUGAAAAAGGAUCCGUAGGAGAACAAGGUCUCCCAGGUGUUGCCGGCUACCCAGGACCCAAGGGAGAAGCCGGAGAACCCGGUUAUUCUGGACGACCAGGAGUUGAAGGAGAUGUCGGACCACCAGGAGUGUACGGUGAAGGUCAUGGAGCUGCUGGAGUACGAGGACUUCAAGGACAAGAUGGAGUACCUGGUCCCAAAGGAGUUGCGGGAAAAGACGGUCUUAUGGGAGCUGUAGGUCCCAGAGGUCCGGUUGGGGCACCUGGGCCACAGGGAGCACCUGGUUUGGACGGACUGCCAGGCUAUUCUGAGAAAGGAGAUAGGGGAGAAGAUGGAUAUCCAGGAUUUGCCGGAGAGCCAGGUUUCCCAGGAGAGGAGGGUGAUUGUGGACCACCGGGAGAGGAUGGUCCGCCAGGAUAUGACAUUCAAGGGCCGCCUGGAGCCGAUGGAAUGCCUGGACGUGAUGGUUAUCCGGGUGUUCCUGGCGAGGUUGGAGAACCGGGUUACCCAGGAGAGAAAGGUUUCCCCGGCGCAGGAGUAAAGAAAGUUGGCCCGCCAGGUCAAAUGGGACUCAUCGGCCCACCGGGAGAGAAUGGCCGAAUGGGUAUCGAUGGCAUACCUGGACCUCCUGGUGAGAAAGGACCAGUUGGAGAUAGUUGCGGCUUUUGUCCUGACGGCCUUCCUGGCCAAAAGGGUGAACCCGGUGUACCCGGUAUGGACGGUUACCCAGGACCACCUGGUCCGGAUGGCGACAGCGGUGAUUGUGGAUUUAAGGGAGAACCAGGGAAACCUGGACUACCAGGUCCAGAUGGCCUUCCCGGAUCCGUUGGCCUUCCUGGAAUCCCUGGCUAUCAAGGUUUGAAAGGUGAAGCAGGAGAAAUCAUUGGUCCAAUGGAGAACCCAAUGGGCGUGUCCGGAGCCAAGGGAGAGCGCGGAAUCCCAGGUAAACUUUACUUUCUCGCACUGCCCAGAUGA